ACCCGCUGAGCAUUGUCAUGGAUGGUCUGCACUUUGACGCCUACACUACCUACUCUGACAACUCUGCUCCGAGAACUCCUUCCCCGAACCAGCCUAUCAUGAACUUCCCCCUCAAGCAGGUCAUCGAGGACCACAGCGUUCGCCUCUUCAACGACACACACAAUCCCCACCACCACAACCACCACGACGACAAUGCAGUCGUCGUCCAGCCAGAGUAUGCCUGGUCACAACACCAACAACCUCCUCCCUCCUCCGCACCCUUCCAGUUCACUCACAGCAACACCUCAAGAGGCUCGCUUCUCCAGGAACUCUACGACCAGGAUGUUCAACAAAUCACACCGGAAUUUCCCCCGCAGGAGCCCCAGUACGUCCAGAACCAGGACAACUGGCAGCAGCAGCAGGCGCGUCAGCACGAGUUCCCAAUGAUGCGAAGAGCAACCUUCCCCUAUGUUCGCCAGGACCGUGACGACGGUCUUCCUCUCCAACCACCUGUCCCCCAGUUCUACCCUUCCCAGCAGCAGCAGCACCAUCACCAGCAGCAACAACAGCACCAGAUGUAUCCCAUCCGCCAGCAAUCCCUCUACUCCGAAACUCUUCCGCUUUCCGAACCCCAGCUCAUGAAUAACUCUCCCCACGCAGGCUUCCGGGACUUUGACGAUGGAAACAUCAAACUCGAAGAGGGAGGCUCUCUCAUGAAUCCCUCGUCUUCCUACUACCACCAGCCACCCCCACCCGCCAAUCCUCAGCAAGGCCCCGGUUACCCCAUGUCCAUGACCUACCUCUCCCCCCACACCGGCCUGCCUGUCCAACAUACAGACGAUGCUGCUUCCAAGGAGACCCAGUACCUCCGUCGCCGCUGCUUCAACUGCCACACAACCGAGCCACCCAGCUGGCGUCGCUCGACUUUGAAUCCCGGCAAGAUCGUGUGCAACAAGUGUGGAUUGUACGAACGCACUCACCUGCGUCCUCGACCUCUUCGCUUCGAUGAACUCCGAGCAGGGAACAAGGCAAGGAAGGCUGGAAAGAGGACUCUCAGUCCGAAAUCCCGAACAAACGGUGUCGCUGCCACCAACUCUCCUCCCGCAACCGGUCCCGUGAAGAAGGAGCCUCGCGAAUUUGGCCUCGUCCGCCGAAGCUCGGUGUCCUCUUCAUCUUCGGUGCAUUCUGGCAGUGGUGCUAGCGAUUGGGAUGAUUCUGUGUCCGUGUACUCGUCAGGCUCAGCACCUCCUACCUCGUUCAACUCGCCCAACGUCUCUCCUUUCCCCCUCUCCCGCGAUGAAUCCUCAUCACCCCCGCAAUCGAACCUUGCUCUCUCCAACGGCGCUUCGAAUGGGAACGGUGGCAUUCGCUUGCCCAACGCACCUCUUUCGGACAUUGCGUCAAUGGGCACUCCAGGUUCCGUCACCCAAUCACCGCAGCUACAUGGUUCGCCCGCGCCUCUACCUCCAUCGACUCCAGGAUCUGUUCCGCACACUCCUAAUCUUCCGACGCAUCCAUUGAGCGGCGUUAACAGUGCUCAUCCAAGCCCGCGAACACAGCCCACACCAAGGAAGUCGCAUACUUCUCCCGACGUCUACUUCUCACCAUCAGUCAACGCACAGCAGCAGCAGCAAGAAGACUAUUUCUUGAUGCGACGAAACUCUGCACAGGGCAGCCCAGCGGUGCAACCGCAGGAGCUCCUUUCGAGCCCGGCAACCGUGCCCACUGCCCUCUCGGCAUAGAUGCGUGGUUCGCCCCGAUGCGAAUGGCGACCUGGAUGUUCGUCAUCGUCGACGAGCACGACGGGGGAAGGAGAAGGAGGGGGCGGGGCAAGCUGACACUCGUCUGAGACUUGGUUCGGGGAUUUAUACUUAUUUAUUAACUUUGCUUUUUUCUCUUAAUUUCUUGUUACAGCCCCGCUAUUAUUCCCCUUCUCCCACGGCGCUCGAUGUAUGCGCCUUGCGAUACCCCCUCCUCGACUCUUCCAAAAGCACUCAUCCUAUUUAUUCCUCAUCAUUGUAUAACCACUCACGCUUCGAUAUCCCAUCCAUGUCAAUUAUA